CAGGGAAUCCUUCACAGCUAGUAGUUUUAAUACCAGGCUGACCUCAGUACAUACUCGAGGGUUUAUGGAGUUCUGUUGGGCCGCUGUGCUUGUAUGAGUAGCAGCAUACUGGUGGUGUUCUUCUCUCUCUCAUCAGUGUUUUUUUUAUAUAUAUAUAUUUAUAAAAAUGUAAGAAACGAUUUGAUUUUUCUUCAACAGUGCGGUGACUAUUUUUAUUUCCGUAUCAACAAGUUAAUACAUUAUAUUAUUUAUACGACGUGAGACUAAUACAAUAUUGAUAAGACUGAAUGAAACGUGAGACUAUGAGCACAAACUACAUCACCCUCGUUCUUUAUUUAGCGGUAGAUUAAUUUGUCAGGUCAGUGGUACAGUGCCUUCCUUGUAGUCAUAUCAGUGGGAAGGAAAAGCAGUGAUCUUACAGUGAAUAAAUAAGUGCAGUGACGGCAAUCAUGAGGUGGUUGGAACGCGCUUCCGACGUUGCAAGUUACUGCUGUUGGUGUCGAUGUCUGAGGCGGGAAAAGUCAUCAGUGAUGACGAUGCCCAGGGCAUCGAGGGCGGAGGUCGCGUCCCCCGUCCUGCUGCACUACGACCUGUCGGGUACGCCGCUGUUCGACGACAACGACGACUCCAUGGACAUCGUCCUCUACGACACCACCGUCGAGUACGUGCCCAACAAGACGCGAAUCCGCACGGCGCUCAGCUCGGACGCGAGCGUCGAAAACCUGCGCAGGCAGCUCCUGGACCCGAACGACCAGCAGAUAUUCGCCAUGGGGAACCUCGCCGCUGAGUUGGAAAAGGCCAUGAAAGAUGAAGAAGAAGAAGAAGAUGAAGAAGACGAGGACGACGAAGAAGGCGAAAUGGUAUUCAGCAGACACACCGGCUCGUCCUUAGCAGGGUCGACUUCGCCCUACUGCUACGAGAAGUCCGUCGAGUUGGAGUCCCCGAGUAUAGACCAGUCGAGGGUGUCCUUGAAGAGCAACGAGUAUCCUCUGGAUACUCACCAGCAGGAUUCGCCCAUGGUGGCCAUGUUCCGCGCCCUUCGCUGUUUCGAGGGGGACGAAUUAUCUGACGCAGGGAGCCAACACGAUCUCUCGGGGUCCAUGGAGAUCAAGAGGCCGAGACGACAGAAGCAGUCGCCAAGGAGACACGCCCAGAAAGGGUAUUCACAAGUGCUUCGUAAUACGACUAUAGACUACUGACUGUCUUACACUAAGAAACGAUUGAGAUUGAAUAGUUAAUAGCAUUCAUAUACGUUAAAUCUGUAUAUAUACAAUUACCUGUCAACACUCAGGAGAGCAAAAACCUAAUGAAAAGGUCCAGAUUGAGACAUUUUUUACAGUACCUAAAUAAUCUAUCUUCACUGGAGCAUAUAUAUAUAUAUAUAUAUAUAUAUAUAUAUAUAUAUAUAUAUAUAUAUAUAUAUAUAUAUAUACCAAUCUCUACACGCAUUCAAUAUACAAUUUCAUGGGCGUCUUUGAAAAUCAGUCAUGCAACUGUUGAGAUGAUUACUUAAAACGGGUACAAAAGUAUAUAGUAGUUGAUCAACUCUUAAAAGAUUUAACCAGAUAAGCGACAAAUUUAGUCACGAUCCAGAUUUCAAGGGAAUGUUUUUAUCUUGUUUAUCUAACUUUAUUUGUCAACGGUAAGUAGUUAUUUUGCCGCCUUUCAGAACACAGACAUUUCAUUUUCAACUGACCUUUGAGCGGAGUUUCAGUUAAUAAAACUUAUAUUUUCUUAAAUAUUUUCCAGAUCGGAAGAAAUAUUUUGUUCGCCCAAAACAUCACUUUCUACGUAAAUGUUUACGUACAUAAAAAUAUUUAGAAUAAUUAAUUUUUAUCAUCAUCCAUACGUGCAGCUUCUUACAAUGUUCAACGCUACAAUACCAUUUAAUGACUAGAAACUUAAUUGAUAAGAAAGGAGAAGUAUGGUAAAAAUGAGAAUAUGAUAAAUGAAUGGGAAAAAGCGCAUGGCUAAACAUAUACCGGCUUUAAAACAAGGACGUGACUCUUCAAGAUAGCGUAACGGACUUUCAUCAACGCAAGAGCACCAGCAUAUCCUGUACAACAUCUUCCAAAAGGACUUUCCCAAAGUCGCCCCCCUCCCCCCCCCGACCUUGAACUUUUCCAGUUUCGCCGAGCAGGAAUCGAAACUGGGGCAGUGUGACGCCUUAUUAUGAAUCAAAGUAGCAAGCACUAAUUCCUGGGAUGUUUCCUCCAUCAACUUUUCACGUCUAUCAAGGAACAAUGACGUUUCUGGGGAUUAUGAUCUGAGGAAUAAAA